AUGUCGAAAGCAGUCUCGCAGAGGGCAUCUGCCAACUCCCUCCGCAGUAACGGAAAGCAACAUAAACGCCAUGUUUCUCUCCGCAAUCUGCCAGACCAGCCUGGUCCCGAGGAUCACAUUCCACCGUCGCUCGCCCUAGAUGCACGUUCGCCUCGCGACUCUUCCUUCUCUAGCAGCUCGACGGAGCAGCAAUUCGGCGUAGAACCCUCAACAGGCCAUGAUGCUGCUCAUGCAGCCAGCAGCGGGACUUUCCCUAACUCAAGAAAUCAAGCGCUUGUGCCUCCCCCUAUCCACAGCCGCACCGGAAGCCAUAUCCGCCGACCCACCGAAGCAUAUGCGGAGGAGCUUGAUCGCCUCCUCGAAUCCGAGGGCGAGGAUGGUGUAAACCUCAUCAAAGUGGUCGAGCGUCAAGAUGUGUUCCAUCUGAUCCAUCAGAUUCGUUCGGAUCUGCGCAAGACCAUUGACACGCAUCUCAGCUGGGAGGAGCUCACCUCGGUCGACCUCAACUUUUCGCUCGUCCGCCCGCUCGCCAUCAAGUACAGCAACUACCGCUCCAUCGCCAUCCUCUACUGCCUAAUGCUCAACCGCAUCUUUUUUCAACGCGAGGCUGGUCGCGAUCUUGCCUUUCAGUCGGUCAACAAUACCCGCGCAGCGCUCUGUGAGCUGCUCGCCAUGAAACUGCUUCGCACCUUUUCCAAUGACGGCCUGGAGCUUGUCACGUCGCUUACCGCCAGCUUCCAUCCUUUGGCUGGCGCAACUUACGCCGAGCUCCAGGAGCUGGAUCUGUCUACAUCCCAUAUUGACCUGGCAGACAUCACCAAGCACGGUCUGGCUGCCAAGCAAUGCUCCAGCACGCUCGACCUCGCUAUUGCGUCGUCGGCGAAACGAUUCAUCUCGACGCCGCUCUGCCAGCGCUGCAUCGACGGCAUCUGGCAUGGCAAAGUCGUCUUGGCGCCGCUCCAGGCGUCACACGCCAUUCUCAACGACAGCUACAAGAAACGCCCACUCAGCAUCUACGACCCCACCAAAGCUCCCUUGCUCAACCAUUUGCGCCUUCGCGUGCCUUCGAUCCGCAGCAAGCUCGAGUUCAUCACGUUUGUCAUCAUCCUCAUCCUCUACGUCGCUGCUCUGGCUCAGAAGGGAAGUCCGACGUGGACGGUGCAGGAGACGCUCUUCUCAAUCUGGCUGUUUGGCUUUGCCGUCGAUGAGCUGGCACAGCUGCAGGAGCAUGGUCUAUCGCACUACCUUGGCACCAUCUACAACCUCAUCGAUGCGCUCUUCUGCAUCAUCUCGUUUUGCUGGUUUGGCCUGCGCAUCUCGGCUCUGCAGCAUGGAAUGCCGGACCGAAGCGAUCUCAGCUUCGAUUGUUUGGCGCUUGGUGCCGUUUUGCUGUGUCCUCGAGUGGCGAGCUCGCUCGUGCAGGACAACGUGGUGCUGCUCAGCCUCAAAGCCAUGUUGUCCGACUUUGCGUUCUUCACCGUGCUGGCCAUGAUCUGCUUUUCGGGCUUCGCGUACACUUUCUACUCACUGGCGUCCGAGGAGCGCUGGACGUUCAAGGCGGUGCUCUGGCUCAUGCUCAAGGUGUGGUUUGGCAGCUCGUAUCUUGGAUUUGAUGAAGCCAAAAGCUUUUCGUUGACGUUUGGUCCGCCGCUCAUGAUCAUUUACACGAUUAUGAGCAACACGUUACUGUUGACGGUGCUCAUCUCGCUGCUGAGCAACACGUUCCAGGUGGUGGCUAUGAACGCCAACGAGGAGGCCAUGUUUCAAUUCGCUUGCAAGACCAUGUCCGGCAUCACGACGGAUGCCAUCUUUUCGUACCAGCCCCCGCUCAAUCUGCUGGCUGUGGCCGUCGUCAUGCCACUCAGCUUUGUUGUCUCGCCACGCUGGCUGCACAAAAUCAACGUCUUCUUGAUACGGCUGACGAGCUUCCAUGUUUUGCUCGUGAUUCACUUUUGCGAGCUCAAUGUGUUUGGGCAUGGGAUCAGCUUGACGGCGGAGAAGGGGAAGAGCUUGUUGAAUCGGGUUCCGUUCUUUACUUCGGGGUUGGAUGGAUCAAGUUCGGACGUAAUUGAGGCGGCUUUCGACUAUCAGGCGCCACAAGACAAGGACGAGUGGCAAGUGGAGGAGGAUGCUUCGGGUGACGAGGCGGAUGCAGAGGUCGAGGUGGAGGGGGAGGAUGGAAGGGGUGUUGGUGCGAAGAGGCGGACUCACAAUGGACAAGAGGCAGGCAGUUGGGAGGAGAACGCUGCAGGGCAGCUGGAGCACAGCUUGUCGGGGGAGCCUGCAGGGAAGGCGCGAGAGUCGGAACACGAUCGGGGCUCUGCGAUUGCAUCGAAGCAGUCGCAGCAGACACAUCCUUCGGCGGCGGCGGAUGCUUCGUCACAGCAAGAUGCGAUGCCUCGAACAUUUACACAGUCGUCGCUCGCCAACAGUGUCAGCUCCCGCCGCACUCGCGAUGCACCCCUCAACCGCUCCAGGCAGCUGCUCCGCCGUGGACCGGAACCGCGAGGACUGGGCUCGCUCAGCUCUCCGCUCGCCAAACUGUUCAACCGCGCUUUCGACCCGGACGAGAUCGAGGGCAACGUCCCCAAACGUUCUUCGUCCACGCGCCGCUUCGAGCGGUCGCAGAGCCCUACUCGCUCACACUCGGCUUCGCGGCUGGUCGAUCUGAGUGAUCCCCGGUCGCAGGAUUCGAGCCCAUCCCGCGCCGCGCCGCGCAAACACCUGAAGCAUGCCGAUUCGAAUCAAGAGUCCAGUGCAGCUGGCGGCGCAUCGACGCUGGCUGCUAUCGGUGAAGGGUCCAGUGGCGGCGAGGUGGAUACGCUGUUUAACAAGGACAGUCUAGAGGCGGAGCUUAGGGAUGUAGCCCGCAGAGUGCAGGAGAUGGAAGCGAGAGGAAAGAGGAUGGAGGAUUUGCUCCUGCAGCUGCUCGAGAAGCAGAGCGGUCCCAAUUAG